AUGGCGAUGCAAUUAAAUCCGUCCGAAAUCAGCGAGCUGAUCAAGGCUCGAAUUGCGGACUUUGACGUAACUGCACAGGCAAGAAGCGAGGGAACCGUAGUAAUGCUUACGGACGGAAUCGUCCGUAUUCACGGACUUGCAGAUGCACUGCAAGGAGAAAUGCUGGAGUUUCCGGGCGAUACUUUUGGACUCGCCCUGAACCUUGAGCGUGAUUCAGUCGGUGCGGUGAUUCUCGGUGACUACGAACACAUAACAGAAGGCGACACGGUCAGGUGUACCGGUCGAAUUCUCGAAGUCCCAAUCGGCGAAGGAUUGUUGGGCCGGGUUGUCGAUUCACUCGGACGCCCGAUUGACGGCAAGGGUCCGAUUGAAUCCAGCGGCUCAGCGCCAAUCGAGAAAGUGGCGCCCGGUGUCAUUUCUCGUCAAUCUGUGUCUGAACCCGUUCAAACCGGAUUAAAAUCAAUCGAUUCCAUGGUUCCGGUCGGUCGUGGUCAGCGAGAACUGAUCAUCGGCGACAGACAAACCGGGAAAACCGCGGUUGCAAUCGACACCAUCAUCAAUCAGAAAGACACCGGUAUCAAGUGCAUCUAUGUUGCGAUAGGCCAGAAACUUUCAAGUAUCGCAAACGUGGUACGCAAACUUGAGGAACACGGCGCGAUGGAUCACACGAUUCUCGUGUCAGCGUCAGCUGCCGAAAGCGCCGCCAUGCAGUACAUCGCACCUUACUCCGGCUGUACUAUGGGUGAAUAUUUCCGCGACAACGGCCAAGACGCCCUGAUCGUCUACGACGAUCUCACCAAGCAGGCAUGGGCCUAUCGUCAGGUUUCGCUGUUGCUGCGACGUCCGCCGGGACGCGAAGCCUAUCCAGGCGAUGUCUUCUAUCUUCAUUCACGACUGCUGGAACGGGCUUCUCGAAUCAAUGCAGACUAUGUUGAAGCCCUCACCGAAGGGAAAGUGAAAGGACGUACCGGUUCUCUGACUGCGCUGCCGAUAAUUGAAACACAAGCAGGCGAUGUUUCGGCAUUUGUCCCCACCAACGUAAUCUCAAUUACCGACGGACAAAUUUACUUGGAGAGCGACCUGUUUAAUGCAAACAUUCGCCCAGCAAUCAAUGCAGGUCUAUCAGUAUCAAGAGUUGGUGGAGCAGCACAGACGCCUAUCGUCAAGAAACUCGGUGGCGGUAUUCGUCUUGCCUUGGCUCAAUAUCGUGAACUCGCAGCGUUUUCACAGUUUGCCUCUGAUCUUGACGAAGCAACCCGCAAGCAGUUGGAACGAGGGCAACGAGUUACCGAAAUCAUGAAACAGCCACAGUACGAGCCAUUGUCUGUAGCAGCAAUGGCGUUCGCACUGUACGCGGCAAAUGAAGGUUAUCUCGAUGCUAUCGAGGUUCCCCAGAUCGUCGGUUUUGAGCAGGCAAUGCAGUCCUACUUGAAAUCAAAUUAUUCCGAUCUGCUUGAGGCAAUCAAUGCAAACCCGGAAUACAACGAUGAGGUUGCCAGCACGAUGAAAGAUGCGCUUGACGAUUUUGUCAAGAACGGCACCUGGUAA